AUGAGCGAAAAUAGUAAUAAAACUUCCCAGGAACAAGAAAAUAUAGACACGCGGCAAGAAGAAAAGAGUCUUCUAUCGUCGCAAAAUUUGGAAAGUGAGAGGCCUAAAUCGAGAUAUUCGGCUCGUUAUGCUCGCAGAAGUUUGGAGAAUACCAAUGUGAGAAACGACGAUUUUGUGGAUUCGCCAAACAGAGCGGCAAGUACAUCGUCUUUUACUUAUGGUUCCACCGCCUCUACCGAAAAGUUGGUGAACGAGAAAAUUCUUCUUCGUGGGGACGAUAAAGAGAACAGGACAGAAGACACGAAAUCAAACGGCCCUCAAAAUGGGAGGAUAAUCGAAAGAUCUUCCUCGAGCGAUGGUAAUCCAAAGAAUCUUGCUCAACAAGAACUUAUUCCUCCUCAAAAAAACGACGAAAAUGAUUCCUUAAAACAAUCGGAUCGUUUAACCGAUAAUGCCUAUGAUACACGUAGAUCGGAACACAACGAGAAAGAAUAUCAAGACACAAAAAAGAACGACACUCGACAGUUCGAAAUUGAGAAAAGUUUGCCUUGGCUGCGAAUGGAUCCUAGCGAUAAGAAUCUCUCAAAAGAGAUGUUUUUAUACUUGACUCACAAGGAAUUGAAAUGCAAGAUCGAGGAUCUUGCCAGAAGAGAAAUGCACGCGUGCAACAAACAAUGUUGGGACGAGGCUUUACGGCUAAGAGAUAUGAGAAAUAAAUUGGAAUUAAUUCGCGAAAAGAGAUUGUACAAUAUGGAAAAUCUCGAAUUGGACGAAGAAGCGAGAAAGAUAGGAUUGGUUAAUAUAGAUAAGAGAGAAGCGGAACUUAUCGAAAGAGAGAAGAUUUGUAUGGAUUCAAUGAUGUAUAGCGAAGAAGCAAAAGCUUUAUGGAAAAAAUGGGUACACGAAGAUGAAAGAUUCGUGAUUAAGGAUGCUCGCCAAGAAAGGGAAAAAUUGAUGAACAAUUUGGAGAAAGAAUGGCAGAAUCUCGCGAUUCGUGAGAAAGAAAGAAUCUCAAGAUCAUACCAGAAUGUGAUGAAUGAAUCUGCUCUGCAAGAAGAGCACAAAUUGGCUGCGGCUAUUAACGCAGCCAGAAUAAAACCCCUUUCAAAUUCCUUAAAAUAGGUUUAAAUAGAAUUUCAAAAAUUCGCGUGCUUGAUUUUAUUAUAUCAAGCUUAACAAUUGUUUGCAUUUCAAUAUUUCUAGAAUACAAUUUUUUGCAAAUGAUAAUGUUGCGACUGUUGGAUGCAUUUCAAAAAAAUUUAGAGAAAUGUUUAGAUCUUAGUAAAAUAUAAUUUAAAAAAAGAAAUAAAAGAAAGAAAUAUAUCUAACAGUUAGUAGUUGUUAACAGUUGACGAAAGACUGAUUAUAUUCUAAUUAAAUUGGUAUUUAAAAAAUGUUACCGAAAUUGUUUCAGAUUAAUUACUGUAUUUUUCAUUAUUUUAAUUGCUUGUUUGUAUAAUUAAUCACUGAAUUCGUACUCCGAUUUUAUAAUUCUAGUCGUUUUCUAAUAACAAUUACGAUAUUGUUAUCUAUUAUUAACUUUUUUAUUUACCAUUAAUUGCAGUUUAUUUAAUUGUAUCACAACUGUUUAUAAUAUUUCAUCAAUGAGAUUACUAUAUUUUAUAUUAUUAACUUGGAAAUAAAGUGAUCGCAUUGAA